CCUCUUCUGAAAGCCUGAUAAGAUACCUAUCAACUUUGAUUAUACCUAAUUACCCAAGUUAGGUAAAUUUUGAAUAUUGUAAUUAAAAUUUGAUAUCUGUGACAGGGCAGAAAUUUAUCUUUUGAUGCAUUGAAAAAAUAUUGUCAAAAAACAGAUAUUAAUCACAUAUUGUUGUUUUCACAAGAAGGGAUUAAAAAUGUUCUCGUUUUAUAUACUACUUGUUUUUUCAGUAUGUAAUAUAUAUGCUUUUAACCAUGUUUCAAGAAAUAGUUCCUCCCAACAUUGGUUUAAACUCCAAGAAAAGGAAUAUUUUGUUGAGGAGAGCUUUAAGGGAAAUUAUCUGACAGCUUUACACUAUUGCAAUUAUCACAAGAUGCAACUUGUUGCGCUUGAAACUAAAGAAGAAAAUGAUGCAUUAUUAAAAGAAUUAAAGAGCACUAUAUCCAGUUAUGCUGAAUUUUGGUCGGCUGGUAGCAGACUGGCAAACGAACGUGACUGGGUCUGGAUGUCAACAGGAAGACCAAUUAAUGUGUUUGACUGGGGAACAGGAGAACCAAAUAACGACGGUGACGAAAAAUGUAUCUCUUUAUAUUACAAAAAUUAUUCCCAUGGCUGGUGGAAUGAUGAAAAUUGUAAUAAUGAACUAGCAGUUAUUUGUGAAACAAGAGAUUGUUAAUAAGUUAUUAUUAUUCAUAUUACAUGUUUCCAAAGUUUUUGUUAACGGUGUUAUAAUUUAUUUUGAUAAAAUAAAUUGUAAAGAAUA